GUUGGUUUGCCAACCGCAAUAAAAAACAAAAGAAGAAGAAAGCGUUGGAGCAGGGAGGGUGGCACACGGAAUGUUUGUUUGACCACUGUAGUUCAGAAUCUUUGAAAAUCAUGAGUUCUUCAGACGAAACAUGUAAAGGCACGAAACGACCCGCAUCUCCAGAUGAAUCUGGAGCUGCACAAUGGGAAUCAGCAGAUUUAGGGACAGACGAAAGGAAGCAGAAGUUUUUGAGGCUGAUGGGAGCAGGAAAGAAAGAGCACACUGGACGCCUUGUUAUUGGGGAUCACAAGUCAACUUCCCAUUUCCGCAGCGGGGCAGAGGAUCAGAAGAUUACCACAGAGCUCGAGCACCAGUAUCGGCAGGGUCUGGAUGGGAAGUUAUCAGGAAGGAAUAGGAGACACUGUGGACUGGGCUUCAGUGAGCCCGAUCCACCUGCUGAGAGUGCGAGCGCCGCUGUGCCAGAGAAGUCAGACAGUUCAGAAAAGACCCCUGAACAACCAUCAGAACCAGACAAGGAGGAGAAAACGCAUUCAUCCGACACAGAGCCCGAGAAACAGGAACUGCACACAGACUCAAAGGAGGACAAGAAAAAGACUUUUAAAAUGGCUUUUGUAAAAUCCACAUAAAUGGCAUUGUUUUUUGUUGUAAUUUCUUGAUCUCCUAAAAUGCUGCAGUGAGGUACUGAGAGCGAGCGAGAGAGAGAGAGAGCACAUUUUUAUUUCCAUUCAAACUGAAAAAUUGUCGGUUUCAAUUUUUUAUGUAAUUAUGUCUGUCAUCAAGUUAUUUAGACUUGUCUGGUCUUGUUGAGAAUGGUUCCUUCUUUAUGAAUUAAAGGCAUAGUUCAUAUGAA